AUUCGUUCAGAAAAAACGGAUUUUGAACUAUUUUUGACCAUUUUUCGUUUAAUCUUAUCUUAAUAAUAUUAGGACAUUUAUGAUUUUUCCCCGGAAUUUUCAAAAGUUUAAAAAACGUUCAAAAAAACUCCAACAAUUCGAUCAAGGAUAAUUCAUUAAGGAGUUCAACUGAAUCAUUGCCAAGUCCCGUAUUACAAUCACAAAACAUCGAAAGUCCUCAAAGUUUUAGUGAUAUUGUUAUUGAUGAAACGAAUAAUAUUGCAUCCAAUCAAAUUUCUCGAUUGGAUUCAUCUAUUUUUCAAACAACAUCUAGGCUUCUUCCAGUGCCAAUUUGCCAAAUUUCAGCAAGUGCUCAAAUCCCUCUUCAAGAAUGGCUGAAGAAAACUUUUAUUGGAAAUAAUUUGAUGGCAAUUUAUAACUCUAAAAGUUCUUUCAUAUUUACGGAUACUAACAGGAACGAUCUUACACAUUUAGUCCUUGAUCGUGAAAGUGAUGGUUUCGUAGUUAAUCCUCCAAUUAAACCAGCACGGUUUAUUGAAUUAGCCCAUGGAAUUGUUCAACUCUUUCCGCGAGAAUUAGUGGGUACCUACUAUACACCUCAUGUCAAUAAAACUCAGUUUUCCAAAGGAAUUACUGCAAAAGGAAAAUUGCUCUAUCACCAUAAUUUUCGGAGAGCGAAGCAACGAAAGGCUUUAAAAUUGUUAAAACAACAAAACCAGGAUGUCGUUUCUCCUGAGCAUGCAGAUGAAGAAUUCAAUGAUAAAUUAAACUUUUUAUACGAGCAUUUAGAACCUUGGCCUGAGGUAGUCGCUAAUUGGGAACACACAUAUGAAACUCAGCAAAAAAUUUUAAAAAAUUUAAAUGAUAUUAAAGCUUAUUACAAUAGAUUUCCCUGCUUAAAGCAAUCUUUGGGAUAUGAAUUGCUUAAAAUUGAUUUUGAAAAACGAUUCCCAAACAAAACUACUUGUUUACGUGAUAAAUGGCCAGUUUUUAAAGAUUGUAUCAUUCGUCUCUUGCAAACAACUCGAACACCAAAAAAUUCUAUGUUGGCAAACAUAGUUACAGCUGAUUUACCAAUUCUACAAGGAGAUGCAUUAGAUACAACAGUUUUGUGGAUUUUAUCUGCUAUGCUAAAAAAGUCUACGCCUAUGUUUCAAGAUAUCACUCCUGAUAAGCCAGCUAAAAGAGGUCGAAAAAGUAAACAUAUUUCAGGUGAUCCUGAGGAAGAAAACUUACAGUGGAAUCCUUCUACAGCUGAAGUGCAGUGAGGGUUUUUGUUUCAUGUUGAAGCAAUGAGUGAUAAAACUGAGUCAAUUGAUCGUGUUAAGCGAUUCAUGAGCAAACGUAAGAUAUCGUUUCAACCACGACCAAUAAUUACUGGACCUCUGUCAGAAUUACAAUCGAUUGAAGUUAUUGUUAAUGACACAUUUUAUAAAGCUAAUACUGCACUCGAUGCAGUAAUAAUUUCAUUCUACGUAUUUUUUGCACUGGAUAUUAAUUACCCACCAGAAGCUCGGUCAACAUGGUUGUUAAUUCAAAAAGUAAUUUUUGACAUUCACACAGCCGAAGACAAGAAUAUUCCACUGGCAUUAACGACAUUAAUUGGAGAUAUAAAAGUAAUUCAAGAACAAUUAUUUCCAAUAAGUCCGCUUUAAAUUUUUAAGCAAU